AGGUCGCUCUCCUCCCGCCAGCUUGCCACAACUCCCUGAGAUCUCCCAGGUGGCAGCUGCCUCCCCCAGACAGGCUUAUCCGCCAUGACCAAACUGAGCGCCCAGGUCAAAGGCUCCCUCAACACCAACACGCCCGGAGUGCAGAUAUGGAGGAUUGAGUCCAUGCAGAUGGUGCCUGUUCCUUCUAGCACCUUCGGCAGUUUCUUCGAUGGUGACUGCUACGUAGUCCUGGCUAUCCACAAGACGGGCAGCAACCUGUCCUAUGACAUUCACUACUGGAUCGGGCAGGCCUCGUCCCAGGAUGAGCAAGGGGCAGCUGCUAUCUACACCACGCAGAUGGACGACUUUCUGAAGGGCCGGGCCGUCCAGCAUCGCGAGGUCCAGGGCAAUGAGAGCGAGACAUUCCGAGGCUACUUCAAGAAGGGCAUUAUGAUCCAGAAAGGGGGUGUGGCUUCCGGCUUGAAGCAAGUGGAGACCAACUCCUAUGAUAUCCAGCGGCUGCUACACGUCAAGGGCAAAAGGAACGUGGUGGCUGGAGAGGUGGAGAUGUCCUGGAAGAGUUUCAACCGUGGCGAUGUUUUCCUCCUGGACCUUGGAAAGCUUAUCAUCCAGUGGAAUGGGCCAGAGAGUAACCGCAUGGAGAGACUCAAGGGCAUGACCCUGGCCAAGGAGAUUCGUGACCAGGAGCGGGGCGGGCGCACCUACGUGGGCGUGGUGGACGGGGAGAAUGAGAAGGCAUCGCCACAGCUGAUGGAGAUCAUGAACUACGUGCUGGGCCAGCGGAGGGAGCUGAAGGCCGCCGUGCCAGACACCGUGGUGGAGCCAGCGCUCAAGGCUGCCCUCAAGUUGUACCACGUGUCUGACUCAGAGGGGAAGGUGGUGGUUAGAGAAGUUGCCACGCGGCCACUCACACAAGACCUGCUGAGUCACGAGGACUGUUACAUCCUGGACCAGGGGGGCCUGAAAAUCUAUGUGUGGAGGGGAAAGAAUGCCAAUGCCCAGGAGAAGAAGGAAGCCAUGAGCCAGGCACUGAACUUUAUCAAAGCAAAGCAGUACCCACCGAGCACACAGGUGGAGGUGCAAAAUGAUGGAGCUGAGUCAGCCGUUUUUCAGCAGCUCUUCCAGAAGUGGACGGUGCCCAACCGAACCUCAGGCCUGGGCAAAACGCACACCGUGGGCUCCGUGGCCAAGGUGGAGCAGGUGAAGUUCGAUGCCACAUCCAUGCACAUGCAGCCUCAGGUGGCUGCCCAGCAGAAGAUGGUGGACGACGGGAGUGGGGAGGUGCAGGUGUGGCGCAUCGAGGACCUAGAGCUGGUGCCUGUGGAGUCUAAGUGGCUAGGCCACUUCUAUGGCGGAGACUGCUACUUGCUGCUCUACACCUACCUCAUCGGCGAGAAGCAGCACUACCUGCUCUACAUCUGGCAGGGCAGCCAGGCCAGCCAGGAUGAAAUUGCAGCCUCGGCCUAUCAAGCAGUCAUCCUGGAUGAGAAGUACAACAAUGAACCGGUCCAGAUCCGGGUCCCGAUGGGCAAGGAGCCGCCUCACCUCAUGUCCAUCUUCAAGGGACGCAUGGUGGUCUACCAGGGGGGCACCUCCCGGGCUAACAAUCUGGAGCCCAUACCAACCACACGGCUGUUCCAAGUCCGGGGAACCAGUGCCAACAACACCAAGGCCUUUGAGGUCCCAGCCUGGGCCGCCUCCCUCAACUCCAAUGACAUCUUCAUCCUCAAGACCCAGUCCUGCUGCUACCUGUGGUGUGGGAAGGGCUGUAGUGGGGACGAACGGGAGAUGGCCAAGAUGGUUGCUGACACCAUCUCCCGGACCGAGAAGCAAGUGGUGGUGGAAGGGCAGGAGCCGGCCAACUUCUGGAUGGCCCUGGGCGGGAAGGCCCCCUAUGCCAGCACCAAGAGACUGCAGGAGGAAACCCUGGUCAUCUCUCCCCGGCUCUUUGAAUGUUCCAACCAGACUGGGCGCUUCCUGGCCACAGAAAUCCCUGACUUCAAUCAGGAUGACUUGGAAGAGGAUGAUGUGUUCCUGUUAGACGUCUGGGACCAGGUCUUUUUCUGGGUGGGAAAGUAUGCCAAUGAGAAUGAGAAGAAAAAUGCAGCCACCACGGUGCAGGAGUACCUCAAGACUCACCCCAGCGGCCGGGACCCUGAGACCCCCAUCAUUGUGGUGAAGCAAGGACAUGAGCCCCCCAUCUUCACGGGCUGGUUCCUGGCUUGGGAUCCCUUCAAGUGGAGUAACACCAAAUCCUACGAGGACCUGAAGGCAGAGCUCGAAAACUCUGGGGACUGGAGCCAGAUCGCUGCUGAGAUCACAAACCCUAAACUGGACGUUUUCAAGGCUAACAGCAACCUCAUUUCUGGGCCUCUACCCAUCUUUCCCCUGGAGCAGCUGGUGAACAAGCCUGCGGAGGAGCUUCCUGAGGGUGUGGAUCCCAGCAGGAAGGAGGUGCACCUGUCCGUUGAGGAUUUCACCAAGGCCUUGGGGAUGACUCCUGCUGCCUUCUCUGCCCUGCCUCGAUGGAAGCAACAAAACCUCAAGAAAGAAAAAGGACUGUUUUAAGAAGCAAAAGUAGCUGGAAAGCAGUACCCUAUCCUGCUUGCAGAGCUUCAUUUUAUUUACUGGUAUCGGUCCUGUACUAAUUGAAGUGAAAUUUUACAGUUGAACCUGUGUGCAGCAGUCUGUGGCAAUGACACUUUUAUUUAGUAAACUGCCUGUUCCUUCAGAAACAGGAUGCCUCCAAAAGGA